AUGGUUGGCAAUCAUUUUGCCUCCAUUAGUCCAGAAGUCAACCCGUCAGAGGUCUGGCGUACUAUUCGUAGAUUUAGAUCUGCAUAUAAUAAUUCUCCCUCUUCUAAAUUAUCGCUAACCCUAGCUGAUCAGUUCAUGGAUCUUCUUGCUCCCCGUCUGUACCGGAACAGGGAUUUCCCCCAGUAUCUAUUCCUGCUUACAUUUCCGACGACCUAA